AGAUUGUGACGGCCGGUUUAUUAUCCAAUUAUCCAUCGCUGAUCACUCUUAUCGCCUUUCCAAAAUUUCUGGUAAGACCAGAGAUUCGAACAUCGCCGUGAAUGGCGUGCUCAAUUAGUAGUAACGCUGUCCGGUGUUACACCGAAACGCUGCGUUUAACUCCCCGACAACAACAACAAUGCGGCCGCGUAAAGCCUACUCCUUCCUCUUUCCUCUCCUUUAAUUCCUCCAAUCAGACUCUGGGUGCUUCUCCUUCGCCUGUUCCCCGGCGGAGUAUUCCGGUUAGAGCCAAAGUGGCGGCGUCGGAAAGCUCCAUUACUGGAAGCAAUAGGAUGCUGGUCUUCGUGCCACCACAUCCUUUGAUCAAACACUGGAUCUCUGUCCUGAGAAACGACCAAACUCCUAGUCCCAUUUUCAGGAGUGCAAUCGCUGAACUAGGGAGGCUAUUGAUGUAUGAAGCAUCUCGAGAAUGGCUGCCAACUGUUGUUGGAGAAAUAAUGUCUCCAAUGGGUGCUGCUUCUGUUGAAUUCAUUGAUCCUAGAGAGCCUAUAGCGGUUGUUCCGAUUUUAAGAGCUGGUCUUGCUCUUGCGGAACACGCAUCAACAGUUUUGCCUGCAAAUAAAAUAUAUCACUUAGGAAUAAGCCGGGACGAGGAAACACUUUUGCCUUCUGUGUAUCUAAACAAGUUGCCUGACGAAUUUCCCGAAAAUUCUCGAGUGUUUUUGGUGGAUCCAAUGCUUGCUACAGGCGGUACCAUAGUUGCGGCGAUGGAUCUGUUGAAGGAACGUGGUUUGUCUGUUCAGCAAAUCAAAGUGAUUUGUGCGGUUGCUGCACCUCCUGCACUAUCUAAGCUUAAUGAGAAAUAUCCAGGGCUUCAUGUGUAUACUGGAAUUAUCGAUCCUCAAGUCAAUGAAAAGGGGUUCAUAAUCCCUGGGCUUGGAGACGCUGGAGACCGCAGUUUUGGGACAUGAAAACAAGUUUGAGGUUUUGGUUAAGCUUUUGAUGAAGUGAUUCUUGUGUUUGGUGAGAGGUUUAUGAUGUAAGAGAUCACAUUGGAGGAUAAGAGCUCCUGAUUAUUACGAAACAAAGAAGAAACUUGUAAACAUCAGUUUUGCUUCGUCCAGAUUUGUAUGUGUAUCAUUGUUAGUGAAACAACUUUGUCAACAAAACUAUUUUUUGGAAUAAAAAUAAUUGUACGAGAAAAUCAAACAUUAUAAUCUUGUAAUUAGUAGAUGGAGCUGCUUGCUUA